CUUCCGGUUACCGUCUCGCAACUUCGGUUCUGGUGACCUCGGCCCGGGCUGCCCCUCGGCUCGCCCCGGCUCCUGUCGCGAACUGGCUUGAGCGGCUCAGGGUGGGAGACCUGGAAGCGUUAGCCUAGCUGUUCUCGAGGCGGAGUAAUUAGCCCAAGAAACAUUAUAUUCAUGCUUAGGUGGAGAAAAGCAGGGAUAAAGUUGGAACCCAAAGCCCAGAAUGGCAGGAGAGGAUGUGGGGGCUCCACCCGAUCACCUCUGGGUUCACCAAGAGGGUAUCUACCGCGACGAAUACCAGCGUACAUGGGUGGCCGUCGUGGAAGAGGAGACGAGUUUCCUAAGGGCACGAGUCCAGCAAGUUCAGGUUCCCUUAGGUGAUGCAGUUAGGCCAAGUCACCUUCUAACCUCCCAGUUACCUCUCAUGUGGCAACUCUACCCAGAGGAGCGCUACAUGGAUAACAACUCUCGCUUGUGGCAGAUACAACAUCAUUUAAUGGUCAGGGGAGUACAGGAGCUGUUGCUUAAGCUUUUGCCUGAUGAUUAACUUGGUGCUGGGAUUCUAGGAAGAUAUGCUCCUCUGUUCUGUUCAGUAUAUGGCAAUCUCUUCAUCCACCACUGCAGUGCACCCACUCUUGGGCCAGGGGGGAGGGAGUGGGUUGAAAAACUGCUUGAGAACAUAGAUGUUUAGGAAGGGUCAUGAAAAACAAGUGACACUGCAGACAGAAUUACACAGGC